GGUUGUUUUUAAAAGCCGGUGUGCUCCUUUUUCCUCACACACAGCUUCGCCAUGUCGUCCUUUGUGCCACAAAGCACGAAUACGAAAAACACAUUUCUAAAAAUAGGAGACGGUUACACGCGUGGCAGCCGCGGAGCAUUCUGGGGGCUGUAGUUUUGGUCCCCUCCCCUACACCACAAUUGGGCCGCUGUCGCCGCCGCCGCCGCCUACUUGGGCUUUCCUCCCUUCCCCGGCAAAGCCGUAAAGCAAAGAAGAAUAGGUAAACAACGGCUCUAGCCAAUCUCUUCCUCGCCUCUCGCGUUACGGCAGUGACUGCCGCGCGGAAUACGGCAGUGGGCGGGAAGGCGCCUUUUUGCGAAGGAGGUAGAGCCUAGAGGAACCUGAGAAGGGAGGCUGAGCUCAGUUGUGGGGGGGAAGGGGGGGACCGAAGCCUGUGGGGAAAAGGAAGCCCCCCAGGUUGUAGAACGAAGCUCUCCCCCGCCGCCAGCCCGUGGGGAGAAGAAGCCCUUGAACCAAAGGGAAAAAGGGGACCCUGAGUGAGGACCAAGGGAGGAGAAAUCAGGCCGGCGGCAGGCAGGCAAGAGGUUAAGUGUUGGGGUUUCUGGUCUGGAUGAGGCACAGAUCGGGAGUCCCAAGGGGGGGGGGAAGAUAAAAGGGUGGAAAGCAGGUAGAGAAAAGUGACAACUGAGGGUAGGCAAGAAAAACACGGUAGGUGGGGGUGGAGUUUGAGGGAGAAAGCUGGACUUGGGAAGGGGAUGAAAAGGUAGGAGGGCUAGGUAGGAGGGGAAGGCUAAAGGCGCCUUGGGGUUCAGGCCGAGCUGUCAGUGGAUGAAUGGGAAGCCUAUGUAGAGAGGUUGAUGGAUUUGGGAGCAAGGUAGAAGGCAGGCUGUUCACUCUGGAAUUACCAGGUAGCAGCUGGCCCCUUGGGCUAUGUGUGGCUGAGACUUGAUGGGCUUGAAGUCGGAGGUGGAUCUGGAGGCUGUAGAGGAGUUGGGGGGAAUCAAAGGUGUAGCUAGAUAGACAGAGCAAGGCACAACACAGAAUUCAUUUGUGUUGGACACUAAGGAUGGUUUUAGUUGGAAGCGUAACAAUGCAGUGACCGAAAGCAGUCAGCAAGUAACUAGGUGGUGAUAGAUCUCUGCUCGUUGUGGACCACUGAUAGGAGAAAGGAGAUACUGAAGAUUGGAGCCUUUGGAAUACGUUUGGAAGCUCCUGGAGUUGCGUCUUUAAAGACUGGACUUGAAAGAGGAAUUGUGCCUGUGCAGUCAAUUGACAAUCUGCCUGACAUAAAGGGAGGCCCUGGUUGCCUUGAUCACCUGUGGUUACAGAAGAUCUCAUCCUGUGCACUUUCCCAGCAAAUGGAAAUGUGUGGAAAGUGGAAUGCCUGGAGUUUUGCACCCUUGUGUGAAUUGCUGCUGCUUCUUCCCAGUACUGCCGUUUUAUCUUGACUAGCUCUUGCUGUUAUUUCGGUUGUUUUCACGAAGACUGUAAUAAGCAGAGGGAUAGGAAUAUAAAGCAGCACUGUGAAGGAGACUCUGCCAUGUCUUGUCAGGCUGGAAAUUGGGCCCUGUUAUUGGGAUGAUCUUACAGGCCAACCUGUUCACUCACCGAGGGGUCAAAUUGUUUUCCUGGCUCUGGAGUCUCCGCUUCUCUCAGGCUGCUGAGGGCAUGAUGCUCCGAAACAUUCAGAAGGUUCUCUGUGUGGCCGAGAAAAAUGAUGCUGCCAGGGGGAUUGCAGACAUCCUUUCUAACAGCAGGAUGAGGCGGAGAGAAGGGAUUUCCAAGUUCAACAAGAUCUAUGAAUUCCAGUAUCACAUGUUUGGUCAGAAUGUAGCUGUGGUGAUGACUUCUGUUUCGGGGCACUUGCUGACUCAUGACUUCAAGAUGCCGUUUCGAAAAUGGCAUAGCUGCAACCCACUUGUCCUCUUUGAUGCUGAAAUUGAGAAAUACUGUCCUGAAAACUACAUGGACAUAAAGCGAACCCUCGAGCGAGAGGCCCAACAGUGCCAGGCUCUGGUGAUCUGGACAGAUUGCGACCGCGAAGGAGAGAACAUUGGCUUUGAGAUCAUAAGCGUUUGUGAAGCAGUGAAGCCCAGCCUGCAGGUGUUCCGAGCCCGCUUCUCUGAGAUCACGCCUCGUGCCAUUAGAGCCGCCUGUGAGAACCUCACCCAGCCUGAUGAGAAUGUUAGCAAAGCUGUGGACGUUCGGCAAGAGUUGGACCUCAGGAUAGGUGCUGCCUUCACCCGAUUUCAGACAUUGAGGCUCCAGAAAAUCUUCCCUGAUGUUUUAGCAGACCAACUCAUCAGCUAUGGGAGCUGUCAGUUCCCAACACUGGGCUUUGUGGUGGAAAGGUUUAAAGCCAUCCAAGCCUUUGUCCCCGAGAUCUUCUACAAGAUUAAAGUGACCCAUGAUCACGAAGACGGCACUGUGGACUUCAACUGGAAGAGGAAUCGUCUCUUCAGCCACACUGCUUGCCUUGUUCUCUACCAGAUGUGCAUGGAGGAUCCGGUGGCCACAGUCGUGGAGAUCGGGAGCAGACCAAAGAGCAAAUGGAGACCUCUGCCAUUGGACACCGUGGAACUUGAAAAGUUGGCCUCCCGUAAGCUGAAAAUAAAUGCCAAAGAAACCAUGAAGAUUGCUGAGAAGCUCUACACUCAGGGGUACAUCAGCUACCCUCGAACAGAGACCAACAUUUUCCCCAAAGACCUAAACCUCCCCAACUUGGUACAGCUUCAAACACAGGACCCCCACUGGGGAACAUUUGCGCAAAGGAUUCUAGACCAAGGUGGGCCAACACCUCGCCAAGGGACUAAAUCGGAUCAGGCUCACCCCCCGAUUCACCCCACAAAACAUGCAAGUAAUUUACAGGGGAAUGAGCAGCGAUUGUACGAAUUUAUUGUACGUCACUUUCUGGCCUGCUGCUCCCAAGAUGCGAGAGGACAGGAGACAACUGUGGAGAUUGACAUCGCUAACGAGCGCUUCAUUGCCCAUGGGCUGAUGAUCCUGGCCAGAAACUACCUGGAUGUCUAUCCUUAUGAGAAGUGGAGUGAUAAGGUUGUCCCCGUGUAUGAGAGAGGGGCUCGCUUCCAGCCCACCACGGUGGAGAUGGUUGAUGGGGAGACCAGCCCUCCACAACUGCUUACAGAAGCGGAUCUCAUUUCGCUGAUGGAGAAACAUGGCAUUGGGACCGAUGCCACCCACGCGGAGCACAUCGAGACCAUCAAGUCCCGCACGUACGUGGGGCUGACUCCGGACCAGAGGUUCCUUCCAGGGCACCUGGGGAUGGGGCUGGUCGAAGGCUACGAUUCGAUGGGCUACCAGAUGUCCAAGCCUGACCUGCGGGCAGAGCUGGAGGCUGACCUGAAGCUGAUCUGCGAAGGGAAGAAAGACCAAUCCGUUGUGCUGAGGGAACAGGUCCAGAAAUACAAGAGAGUUUUUCUAGAAGCCGUGGAGAAGGCAAAGAGGCUGGACGAGGCCCUCUCUCAGUACUUUGGGGAAGUGACCAGCAUUGCACAAGAAGAAGACAUCUACCCAGCACUGCCAGAUCCGGUGAGGAAAUGUCCCCAGUGCAACAGCGACAUGGUCCUAAAGACCAAGAAGGAUGGCAAGUUUUAUCUCAGCUGCAUGGGUUAUCCUGCCUGCAAAUCUGCCAUAUGGUUCCCCGAUUCCGUGCUGGAGGUCAGUAAGGACGAUUCGGUCUGUGAUGUGUGUCAACCGCAUCCAGUGCACAAGUUGAAACUCAAGUUCAAGCGGGGCAGCCUGCCCGUCAUGAUGCCUCUGGAGUUUGUCGGCUGCAUCGGAGGCUGUGACGAGACCCUGAGGGAGAUCUUGGACCUGAGAUACCUACAAGGGCCACCCAGGCCUCUGCAGCCAGCCAGCCACUUCGAGGCCAACCGCUCCUUCAGCCGCACAGCCAGCCACCAGAAUGGCCCUCGCCCACUCUCAGCAAGCGUGGGGCCCAGACCCCCAGCACUCCCUGUGAGAGCAGCCAGCAAUCCUGCCCCUGUUGGUGGCGGGAACAACGCGGUGGUCUGCAAUUGCAGGGAGGAGGCGGUGCUUUUGACAGUGCGCAAAGAAGGCCCCAACCAAGGCCGGCAGUUCUAUAAAUGCAGCUCCGGCGGCUGCAACUUCUUCCUCUGGGCAGAUCAGCAGCCGGACCCCAGGAGCAGUGAGAUGCCAAGGGACUUUGCACGGCCCCCAGGCUCCUUAGGGAGAGGAGGAAGGGGCUUCGGGCGCUCUUGGAGUGAGGGCUAUGACCCAGGAGGAGGAGGAGGAGGAGGAGGCGGCGGUGGCGGCGGCGGCGGCGGCGGCAGCAGCGGCAGCGGCGGUGGCCAGGGCAACGAAGGAGGUGCUACGUGCAGGUGUGAUCAGCCUGCGGUCACCAGGACUGUUCUAAAGGAAGGACCCAAUAAAGGGCGCCAGUUCCACACGUGCUCCAAGCCACGGGAGCAGCAGUGUGGCUUCUUCCAGUGGGCGGAUGAGAACAUGGCACCAGCAGCUACUACAGCUUUUCCUUCAAGCCACUUCAUGAGUGGAAAGAAUGUGCGGGGCUCAGGAAUCAAAGCUAAACGGUCAGACAGCGAUUCUUCCUUAACAGCACCCACAACUAAGAGGCAACGGACUUGUGGAAUUUGCCACCAGCCUGGUCAUACCCGGAAGACGUGCCCACAGAAUCGCUGAAGCCAAGCAUCUUAUUGAACUUGAUUCAAGACCUUCUUGUAGGAGGACGUGAUGGAGCGAAUCCACACAACAAAGAAUUGUCUGUCUGGAGUAUUAAAAACCGCAUUUGGAAAGACUUUGGAAGCUUGGCCUUAAAACUCUUGUCUGAGAAACUAGCAAAAGAUCAACUAACCGCUUUCUCUAGUCCAGAUGCAACACAAGCCUUUGUUCUCCUCAGCUUGGUGGUGGAUUCAAAAACUGGAUUUGAGUGGGGAAGUGGGAAGCCAUUUCACUACCAGCUCCUUAAUGCAACAGUCUGCAGCACUGCGUUUUCCCUUUCUUUCUGGACAGUGAUGUAAAAAGCAAGAGGGUUUCCUAUCAGUUGUGCUGUAGGAAGGGCAGUUUGCUGUGUUGCUUCUUUAGAGGGGAGUAAGCUCUUUGUUGUGAAGCUGGAAACAACACCCCCCACACACAAUUUUCAGGAUGGCUUCCAAGGUCGGCUCAGCCAGUCACUUAACUUGAAGUGCCAGCUUCUCAGCUCUAACACACACAUUUGAAGAUAUGUGAAAAAGUCAUCAGAGGCAUUGAUGUGCACCCUUCUCCAGGAGAAGAUGGCAGGCAGGGUACUUUGCCAGUAGGUAACUCCACAAUCUACACUUCUUCAUUAGGACAAGAAUGUGACUUGUCCAUCUUGGGUAUCUUUCAUUCUGUCCUUAAAUAUGGAUGUAACCUCUACAGAAUAGCAGCCAUUCUAUUACAUGGUCUUGGGAGAGAACUAUAGUAUGGCUGUGGCUUCCUGGGAAACUUAACUAGAAGUCUGUUUCAGCUGUUGGGAGGGCUUUCAAGGAUGCAGGACUAAAUGUUCCCCUUCCACUGAAUGCCAACAGACAACUUUCUGAUUCUGCAAUAGAAAUUCCUUCCCUAUCUCUCCAUGAGUAGCCAGACUCAGCCAUGUAGACAAGAUGAGCAUACAGAACAAUUCUGACUCAUGCAGUUCAACCUCUGUUUUUCUGUGUAGCAAAUACCACCCUCUUCUACUCAGAAGAGGAAGCUGCUGCCUACUUAGGUAAUUUAUGUGCCUUUUAAUUAAAAUUUUACCUUAAACUUGCUCUCUGUGUUUUGUAAUGGCGCAGAAUUUGUACUUUGAUUCCCAGUAUUAAGGAAGGGAAAGGUUGAAUGGUAUGCAUGUCUCUGUUGCUUCGGAGCAUGAGCCUGUGUACUGAUUUCCUCUGCAGCCUUGUGAAGUUCCCAUCUCUGCCUCUUCCCUGCCCUCCUUUGGGUGGCAGGAAGGGUGAGAGGAGAGCAGUCCUUCUCCUGUGCUAUUCCCAGUGGUGGACCACCAGGCAUGCUGCACUCUGAAGCCAACCAUGUGCCAUAGGACUGGUGAGUCUGUUUUGAGAGGAUGCAGAGUUAUAUCCACACCAUGGCUGAAGAACAGCUCUUAGAUCACAGAAGCCAGGGUGAUCAAGAGUACAGGAUCUAGGCUGGUGGUCUCUUAAAAAAAUUCUUUUUUACAAGAACCCUGAGGUUUAACUGAACCCAAGUAUAAAAUAAUGAUUCAGCUGGACUUACACUGAAGUAAGGAAAAGGUUAUCUCUGAGCACAUUUUCAAGCCACCAAUUUGUUUUCAGAUCUGAAUGCACAGUUCUUUCACAUACGAGUCAAGGGCUAGCUUCAGUCUUUCCUCCAUCUUAGCCUGCGGGGAGGAAAUAUGCACGCUGUUGUUAAGCAGGGAGUCAAACCCUUGCAAUCUGUCAGUUGCCCAGAGAUCUAUCUGUUCAUCUGAAUUUGCACCACCCAGAACCUCUGGAUAGGGCAGAAUAGAAAUGAAAUAAACCUUUUUGCCUGCCCUUGUUCGAAGCAGUUUCAUCUUUUAAGACCAGAUUAUAAAUUAGAUUUAUGGUAUUAACAGUUUUUACAUUGUGUUAAGGUCUUAAUUUUGUUAACUUGUAUUUUAUUGUGAAUAACCCAGAGACAUGAGGUUUGGGCAGUGUAUAAAUGGGUUAAAAUAAAUAAUAAAGAUGGUGGCAAUAAGCUACUUUCACUGGCUGCCUCUUGAA